AUGGACCCCGUCAUUAUAACGCCGGACGAUGUAGCUGAGGCGGUCCGAAGGGCCCCGAACUGGAAAAGUCCGGGGCUCGACGGGCUGCAUCACUACUGGCUGAAGGGGUUCGUGGUGUGUCACGCUGUGCUCGCCCGACAAUUUCAAGAGGCUCUCGACCAAAAGUCGCUCCCGAGCCUCUUCACUACUGGGAUCACUCAUUUGGUUCCUAAAGACCGGGAUACCAUAGACCCGAGCAAAUACCGCCCCAUCACGUGUCUACCCACGAUAUAUAAGACACUAACAUCCAUUUUGAGCGCGAGAAUCACUCGUCACCUGAACUCAAAUCAGGUGAUGUCGCGCGCUCAAAAUGGAUGUCGGGGCGGUGGUCGUGGAACCAAGGAACCACUCCUCAUUGACGCGGUCAUUGGCAAAGUGGUUAAACGCAACCGUCGGAACCUCUCCGCCGCCUGGAUAGACUACAAAAAGACAUUUGACUCGGGUCCUCGAGCUGUACAAGGUUGA